ACUUACGUUCGACUUGCAGGUAUAAUGUACGAGGAAUUAUGGGCAACUCUCACUGAGCCCGAAAUAUGGUGGAUUAAGUAUCAACCUUUCCUCGCAUCAAGAGGAUAUCAACUCCGUCAACGUUUCCAACCAGGCUGGGUCCCAUCUUGGACCAAACCAGACUCAAAUUUCGAUCCUCUUGAAGGAAACUACUCCGACUUCGAAGACUAUCAUCCACUGCUGCGAGCAAAUGUUCUCGAUGCUAUACGAAUCUCAGACGGCGUCAAGGUUGUGUUGCGCCAGAGUGUUUGCAAAAUGCAAACAACCACCUCCGUUCGAUUACUGGAUAUUGUUCCGCUACCAGAUGAUGACUCAAUCGUUCUUAUAGUCAUCCCGUUCUUGAGGAGCUUCAAGAGUCCCAUAUUCCGACAUCUUCGGGAGGUCACUGAGGCUAUGGGUCAAUACUUUCGUGGUCUGUCGUUCUUACACGAGCACGACGUUGCACACCGCGAUGCAUGCGCCGGAAAUAUGCUAAUGGAUGCCACGAAUGUUAUACCUGGUGGUUAUCAUUUCAGUUAUAACUCAUCAGAAGACGGAAAUUAUCACCAUCGUAUAAGGUGGCGGGACAGAUGCGCUGUUGCCCCGGUGCAAUACUACUUCAUCGACUUCGGCUUGUCCUCAUUCUUUCCUGAAGGCGAAGAAGCUGCACGGGAUGUGGGCAUAUUCGGACAAGACAAAACUGUCCCUGAACUAUCUGAUACCGUGCCGUACAAUCCCUUCAAAGUCGACAUAUAUCAACUGGGCAAUGUCUUCGUCAAGCUGUCCAAGAAACACCCGGCGAUCUGGCGCUUUUUCUGCCCUCUGCUUGAAUCGAUGACUCGAUCAAACCCUGACGAACGACCAUCCGCCGCACACGUAGUGGUCUUGUUCGACCAAGCAUGUGCCCGGAUACCACCUGCCGUUUUGACGGAGAAACUCACACACAUAUGCGAAUCCCCGUUGUACACAGACGACUCGGAGUCCGACCCCGAAUACGAGCUCGUGGAAGAUUCCAAGUCGGAACUUUAA